AUGGCUGCUCAAAGCGAAACUCAAAUUGAAUGGUAUACAAUUACUUGUGGCACAUGCACUUUUACAUUACCCAACAGAUAUCAAGAAAUAUGCCCUAUUGGAAAAGGUGCUUCUGGUGCCGUGAUUCGUGCCAAAGAUACAGAAACCGGUCAAUACGUAGCUAUUAAAAAACUACUUCGACCCUUUCACAAUUCAGAUCGUGCAAAACAAACCUAUCGAGAACUGAAAUUACUCAUGUAUCUAUAUCAUCCGGAUAUAGAUAUUAUACAAUUGUAUAAUGUAUUUACACCAGAAAAAAAUGUGGAUGAUUUUUCAACAUUAUAUUUUGUCUUUAAUUUUGUUGAUUAUAACUUACGUCAAGUUAUUAAGGGUGGUAAACCAUUCUCAGAAGAUCAUAUUAAACAAACAAUCUACUCACUACUUCGUGCUUUGAAGUAUAUUCAUUCAGCUUAUAUUAUUCAUCGUGAUCUGAAACCAGAAAAUAUUGGAAUAGAUCGAGAUUCAAAUGUUGCAAUUCUUGAUUUUGGCCUAGCUCGUAUUGCAUCAGAUGGUAUUCAAACUGGUUAUGUUGUUACUCGGUGGUGGCGUGCACCAGAAGUAUUUAUCAAUUGGGAACGAUACGAUGAAAAACUUGAUAUAUGGUCAAUUGGUUGUAUAAUGGCAGAAUUAAUAGUACUUCAACCAAUUUUUCCUGGACAAGGUUAUCUUGAUCAGUUAGAUAAAAUAUUUGAUAUAAUCGGCACACCAGAUAUUACAACAUUACAUGAAUUAGCCACUGAAGAGCCACGGAAGUAUAUCAGUCUACUGAAACCAAAACCAAAGCAAGAUUUCAAUCGACUAUUUGGUUUUCAAUAUGAUCCAGCAACAAAUGAACGAAUAUCGGGUGUUUCACCAAAAGGUGUUGAUUUACUUGAUCGUCUUCUAUCUUUUGAUCCUCGUCAACGUCCAACUGCACAGGAAGCACUGGCCCAUCCAUUUCUGAAAACAUAUCAUAGUCCAGAAGACGAACCCACAGCAAAUCCUGUAGUUGACGAGCAUCAAGACGCAGAAUAUAGUGUAGCAAAAUGGAAAUCUAUUGUUUGGAAAAUGGUUCAAGACUUUGUACCACCACAAUUUCGUAUCAAUGAUAAUCCUAAUACGAUUCACGAAACAAUAUGA